AAACGUGGUACUGUGAAAUGUUGAGACUUAACAAAGCAAACAUAGCCCACAGCGCUAGAUAUUUAUCUUCUACACCAAGAGUAUGCUUCCAAUAUAGAAAUUCUAUCUUGGACAAGUACAAACAGGAGACUGAACAAAUAGAUGCUCCAUCUCAAUUGGCCAAGGAAUCCAGUUUACCUAUCAUUGAACAAGAUUUAAAAAUCAAGCCUCGUCAAGCAAGAAUGAAAAUGCCUUUAUUGUCAGAUCAUAAAGUUGAAUCCCCAGGGUAUGAAUUAUCCGGUUUUGCAAAGACAUUUGGUGAGUUAUUUGUAAAGAUAUUUAGAAUUGACAUGGAUAUCACUAGAUCUGGGUCUGUAGCUGGGUCAUUAUAUUUUGCUGAAUGUAAGAAGCAAGGAUUAUUUUAUCCUAAUGAACCAAUGUCUGAAACUGCCAAGUUCUAUUAUGAGACUUUGAAUUUACCAAAGUCCUUUUCACAACAAGUUCAAAUUACUUUGUUACAUUAUUGGAUUUUGUCAGUGAGAAUGAGAGCUUUGCCUUUUAAGUAUGCUAGAGAGUAUCAACAAAAGUUAGUUGAUAGAAUUUUCAAGGAUUUAGAAUUAAGAAUGUCAAACGAAUUAGGAAUUAACUCAAACAGAAUUAUUGAAGGAAACUUAAAAGACUACCACACUCAAUUAUUAGGGUCAGUGUUGAGUUAUGACGAAGCUUUAGUUAGUGACGAUAUUACAUUUGCCAGUGCAUUGUGGAGAAACGUUUUCAAUGGUAAUCCAAAUGUUGAUAUUAGACACGUUGAAGCAUUAUUAGCCUACGUUAGAUCCCAAUUAUACGUAUUGAACAAGAUGACCGAUAGAGAAUUCGGAUUUGGUAGAUUCAAGUUCAUCCCACCUAAUGAAGUAGUUAAGCCAAUUUCAAAGAGUCAAGAAGAGCAAAUGAGACAAAAGGUCAAGGAAGAAUUUGAGAAAAUGACCUUACCUUCGCAAAAGAGUGUCUUAUCAGUUGAUGAAUAGAUUUGUAUAUACUUGUAAAUAGAACUACAAUUUUCCUUUCGAAAUAUUCUCAUCCUGAGUCCAAUCAUGCCCCUUGACUCCUCUAAUCAUUACAUUCAUAACUGCGAAAUGUUCCCCUUCAACAGCACCAUCAGAUUUUUCACCCAACACAAUAUCUUCGACAACUUUAAAUCCAAAUCUUUCAUAGAUCGGAAUAUUAUUGGGUGAAGAACUUUCCAAAUAUGCAAGACUAUCAUCAGCAUCAAUAUACUUGGUGAACAUGUACUCAAACAUUUUGCGCAAGUUCCCCUUACCACGAGCACAGUCUCUACUACCAACAUAAACCAAAGUGUAAACUCCUUUGUUCUUGAAUCGAGAGUCAUUAUUUAUAAUCCGUUCACAGGAAUCAUGCAAUAAUGGUAACAUACCAUAGAAAACCUUCUGUCUACCUUCUUCACCAAAAACUUGCCAUACUUUAUCAUAACCAGAUUCCAUAAGUGUACCAAACGAAUCAAGUCCUUGGUGUACACUUUCAGGACAUGCCCAAAUUGAAACAGUUUCAAAGCCUUCAUUGGUUUCGCCUUGUCCUAAUACGAUUCCAUGCUUGAUAUGUUGACGCAAAUAUGCUUCAUAAAGACAAAGCUCAGCGUAUUUACGUUUAUUUUCUGGUAAAUGACAGACUAAUAGCUUAGCCAACAGAUCUUCUUUGAAUGCCUCAAGCAAACAUAAUGCAGCUUUUCUAACAUCGGCAUUGGUCAAAUGACGAAUAGUGGAUGUGUUUGAUAUCUUUAUGGUAGCGCGUGGUGUUGCACUAAUAGUAUCACUAGUUGUUGUCUUUAGCAUGUUAAGUAAUAAAAAUAUAUGUUAUAAAUAAAUGUUGUAAU